CUACCGGAAGCGGCUGAGUCUCCGGGCGAGUCCGGAGUAAACCUCCCUGACUGGGGUUCAGUGCUGGAAAAGACAAAAAAUACUCUGGAUGCUUUACUGCGCCUGACAAACCUCGCACAGCGCCCGCCGAGGAGGCGCUCGGAGAAACAGAUCUGAAGUCGUUUGCUGCCUGUGGAGCGUAGCCACCCUCAGCUUGUGUGGAACUUACCACCUCCGCCGCUGCCGCAAUGCUCGGGAGAUUGCCGCUUCCACAACUGCUUUUUGCUACCAUCCUUGGAAUUGCUGGAGGAAUGUAUAUUUACCAGCCAAUAUUUGAACAGUAUUCCAGAGAUCAGAAGGAAUUAAAAGAAAAGGUGAAAUUGUUGCAGGAAUCAGAAGAAAAGGGAAGCUAAUUCUGCAUAAACUGAAAUGUACAAUUUAAAUUGCUUAAAGUUCAAUUGAAACCACACAUGGACUAUUAAUCUAGUAAGAAUGUAGAUAUGUUUUAAAUAAAUAAAUCAUGGGUAAUGUAGCUAAAUUAUUUAUAAAAGUAGUUCUUUAUUGGUUUAUUGCAAGGCAAGAGCUCACUAUGUAGCCCAGGCUGGCCUCAAACAUACAAUCCUGCCACUGGUGUUGGGAUUGCAGAGUAUCACCAUACCUAGCUCAAAAUAAGAUGCUUCAUUUAAAAAAAUAUUUUUUAGUUAUAUAUAAUUGUAUGUGUACUUCUUUUUUGUUGUUGUUUUUGUUUUGUUUUGUUUUGUUUUCAAGACAGGGUUUCUCUGUGUAGCCCUGGCUGUCCUGGAACUCACUCUGUAGACCAGGCUGGCCUGGAACUCAGAAAUCCACCUGUCUCUGCCUCCCGAGUGCUGGGAUUAAAGGCGUGUGCCACCACUGCCCGGCUGUAUAUGUCUUUCUUGUGGGUUCUGUACAUGAAUGCAAGUGCCUGUGAGGCCAAAGUUGUCUCCGAGAGCUGAAGUCACAGAUGGUUGUGAUCUGCCAUGUGGGCCCUAGGAACUGAAUCCAGGUCCUCUGCAAGACAAUGCGCUCUUAAGAGUGGAGCCAACUCUCCAGCCCCAAGGUGUUCCACUUUAAUAUUUACUUAUAUAUUUGCUAUUUU